GAUUUAAACGGAGGUGAAUCGUCCUCUUGUUGGCGAAGGAAACAAAAAUGUCGAUUGAAAAGCAAAGCGUGUCUGAAGAAAACCUUCAGGGUUCCUGGGUGGAGCUGCAUUUUAAUAAUGGAGGAGGCAGCACUUCUAAAGCAGCCACGGAUGAACAGUCUGCCAGCACGGCCCCGAGUGGAGACCUGGAGAAGAUGCUUCUGGAUGCUCAGCACGAGUCGGGUCGGAGCAGCUCCAGAGGAAGCCUACCAUGCGACAGUCCUCCAAGAUCCCAGACCCCUUUGCACUUGCGCAGGGGCUCCGAGGUCCACAGCUCUGGAGAAAAGAACAGCUCACAGUCAGAGGAAGACUAUUUGGAGAGGAGAAAAGAGGUGGAGAUCCUGAUGAAGAAAAAUGCUGACUGGAUCUGGGACUGGUCGAGUCGCCCAGAAAACCUGCCACCCAAGGAGUUUCUGCUGCGGCACCCGAAGCGCUCCAGCACACUCAGCAUGAGGAACACCAGUGUGAUGAAGAAAGGAGGAAUCUUCUCUGCUGAGUUCCUAAAAGUCUUCCUGCCCUCUCUGGUCCUCUCACACAUCCUCGCUGUGGGUCUCGGGGUGUACAUCGGAAGGCGUUUUACUAGUUCUGGCACCUUCUGAGGGAGCAGGAAAAGCCAUGAGAGAGAAAGACAAAUCUCACGUCCGCACAUCCACAUCCAUCUCAGCUGCUUAUCGUGAUUCAGAGCUCAUGUAGACGCAGAAAGGACGAGGUCACAUGACACACUUCCUCUGCCUCGCUUCCCCCUCGUGUAUUACAACUGGCCUUUCCCAUAAUUCCUCCCAUAAUGCCAGUGCAUUCCAGGGAAUGCCAUGCUAUAGGCUUAUAAGCACACGCCUGCUAGAUUUAGAUCUCAUUCAUUUCGUAUUUAUUCGUACCAAAAUAUUACGAGAGGAUCAUAAAAUAAGAGGAAUUAAGUGGCUGCAGGAGCUCCGGAAACGUGAAACUUCAGACUGUUAACUGGGAGGAAAUCUGACUUUCUGCCCCACACUGUAAAAACAAAUCCAUAAAUUAGCAGUUUUCUGAAUCUUGUGUUUUCCCCAUUUAUUUAUGGUUUUAAAUCCCAUAAGGGCAUCCUUCUGAUGACUUUUAAGCUUAAAAAGUUGGAAAAGGUUACUUUUAUUAACAUUUUUUUAAUAGAUUAAAGUGAUUUGUUAUCUGGGUUGGUGUUGUACACAUAUCGGUCACUUUAUUAUGUACACCUGUCCAACUGCUCGUUAAUGCAAAUUUCUAAUCAGCCAAUCACGUAGCAGCAACUCAAGGCAUUUAGGCAUGUAGACGGGGUCAAGACGAUCUGCUGCAGUUCAAAGCGAGCAUCAGAAUGGGGAAUAAAGGUGAUUUAAGUGACUUUGAACGUGGCAUGGUUGUUGGUGCCAGACGGGCUGGUCUUAGUAUUUCAGAAACUGCUAAUCUACUGGGAUUUUCACGCACAACCAUCUCUAGGGUUUACAGAGAAUGGUCUGAAAAUAAGAAAAUAUCCAGUGAGCUGCUGAGGUCAGAGGAGAAUGGCCAGACUGGUCUGAGCUGAUAGAAAAGCAACAGUAACUCAAAUAACCACUUGUUACAACCGAGGUAUGCAGAAAAGCAUCUCUGAAUGCACAAAAAGUCCAACCUUGAGGCGGAUGGGCUACAGCAGCAGAAGAACACAUCGGGUGCCACUCCUGUCAGCUAACAACAGAAAACUGAGGCUAUAAUUCACACAGGUUCACCAAAACUGGACAAUAGAAGAUUGGAAAAACGUUGCCUGGUCUGAUGAGUCUCGAUUUCUGUUGUGACAUUCGGAUGGUAGGGUCAGAAUUUGGAAUCAACAACAUGAAAGCAUGGAUCCAUCCUGCCUUGGAUCAAUGGUUCAGGCUGGUGGUGGUGAUGUAAUGGUGUGGGGGAUAUUUUCUUGGCACACUUUAGGCCCAUUAGUACCAAUUGAAAAUCAUGUCAACGCCACAGCCUACCUGAGUAUUGUUUCUGACCAUGUCCAUCCCUUUAUGACCACAGUGUACCCAUCUUGUGAUGGCUACUUUCAACAGGAUAAUGCAUCAUGUCAAAGCAUGAAUCAUCUAAGACUGGUUUCUUGAACAUGACAAUGAGUUCACUGUACUCAAAUGGCCUCCACAGUCACCAGCUCUCAAUCCAAUAGAACACCCUUUGGAUGUGGUGGAACGGGAGAUUCGCAUCAUGGAUGUGCAGCCAACAAAUCUGCAGCAACUGUGUGAUGCUAUCAUGUCAAUAUGGACCAAAAUCUCUGACUAAUAUUUCCAGCAUCUUGUUGAAUCUAUGCCACUAAGGCUUAAGACAGUUCUGAAGACAAAAGGGGGUCCAACCCGGUACAAGAAAGGUGUACUAAUAAAGUGGCCGGUGAGUGUAUAUUACGGUACAACAACCUUGUAAUGAACUGCCAGUACACUUUGUUAUUUUAGACCCAUUUCUCUAUAUAUUAUUUCUUAUACAUUAUUAAAAUGUGAAUAAAAGUCACCUUGUUAAACUGCAGAGUUGAAUUUUCAACACCAAAAGUCGACAGAUUAAACUGAAAACACAAAAUACGGAAAUACCGUUAAUUAACAGAUAUCUUUUACAGGGGUUUUAUUUAUUGAAAGCUAAAUCUUUAUAUUUAAUAUACUGGACUUGACUUACCUCGCCAAAAGCACAGUCAACACCAAAUAAAAACCAUUUGCUUUGGGAAUCAGGCUGCACACACAGUAUUACACAAAAAGCAACCACCCCUAAGUAAACACUACCACAAUCUACCAAAUCAGCACUUAUCUGAAUGUCAAUUGAAAUCAAAAUAUACUUCAAGGCUAGCUUGAGAGAUUUCAUCAAUGUUGAAUGGAGUUUGCUCACCUGAACUGCAGAAGUUCUUCGUUUUUUUUCCCUGAACGGUCAGGGUUCCAGCCCAAAGAUUGCCUUAUAUCAAAACUGUCAAUGAAUCAGGCAGGAGAAAAAGGGAAAUUGUGUAAAUCUGUGCAUGUGUGUUUUGUAGUGUUUAGAAAUCGUGUUGUGUACGUGUUAAUUUAGUGGUUUUGUAUCAACAGAGGGAAUCAACUGAAAUAAAUGUCUGCCCGCUAUA